GCGCCACCAACACCAUCGUCUGAAAUGACCAAGUACAUCCUCGUCUCGGGCGGUGUCGUAAGCGGCAUCGGGAAGGGCGUGAUUGCCUCCUCGACAGGCUUGCUCCUGAAGACGACUGGCUUGAAGGUCACGGCCAUCAAGAUUGACCCAUACAUGAACAUAGAUGCGGGAACGAUGCGGCCACAGGAGCAUGGCGAGGUGUAUGUCUUGAAUGACGGUGGUGAAGUCGACCUUGAUCUCGGCAACUACGAACGAUAUCUGGAUGUUACGUUGUCUCGCGAUAACAACAUCACGACUGGAAAGAUCUAUCGAGAGGUGAUAGAGAAGGAGCGGCGAGGGGAUUAUCUUGGGAAGACUGUCCAAAUCGUCCCUCAUGUCACGAAUGCCAUCCAAGACUGGAUUGAGCGAGUCUCGAAGAUUCCCGUUGACGAAACAGGAGAGGAGCCUGAUGUUUGCAUUAUCGAGCUAGGAGGAACCGUUGGUGAUAUAGAGUCGGCUCCCUUCGUUGAGGCCAUGCGUCAAUUCCAGUUCCGUGUCGGCCAUGAGAACUUCGCUCUCAUUCAUGUCUCCCUCGUACCCGAUAUGCACGGGGAGCAAAAAACAAAACCCACCCAGACAACCGUGCACGCGCUUCGUGGUCUCGGUCUUCUCGCUGAUCUCAUUGCCUGCCGUCUCAUUGUCCAAAAACCCCUUGAUCCCGCCACGAAAGCAAAAAUCUCCAUGUUCUGUCAUGUCGCGCCGGAGCAAGUCAUCGGCGUGCACGAUGUGUCUUCUGUGUACCACGUUCCACUGCUUUUGCAGUCACAAGGGAUCGUAGAGUACUUGCAAAAACGCCUCAAUCUUGAUAGUAUCAAACUUACACAGGAGAUGAAGGACAGAGGUGAGGACAUCGGGACGAGAUGGAAAGAGCUCACGAAGCGGCAAGAGCGUGUGUUUGAUGACGUGACCAUCGUCCUUGUCGGCAAGUACACCGAUCUGCAGGACUCGUACAUGUCCGUCACAAAAUCCCUGGAACACUCCGCUUUCAGGUGUAAUAGACGGCUCAUCCUAAAGUGGGUAGACUCGUCAGAUCUGGAGCCCGAGACGCAGAUCACCAGUCCAGCAAAAUACCAUGAUGCGUGGAAAGCCGUCGUUUCGGCAUGCGGUAUACUGGUGCCUGGUGGAUUCGGUGUGCGUGGAACCGAGGGCAUGUUGCUGGCAAUCAAAUGGGCCCGAGAACAGAAUAUACCCUUCCUAGGCAUCUGUUUUGGCUUCCAGCUCGCCGUUGUUGAGUGGGCUAGGAACGUCUGCGGACUCGCAGGUGCUACCUCAACCGAGUUCGAUGCCGAAGCCAAGCACCCCGUCGUCAUCUUCAUGCCUGAGAUUUCAAAAACCCACAUGGGCGGCACGAUGCGUCUCGGCUUGCGUCCGACGGUGUUCGAGCCCGAGAGCGAGAAGUGGUGCAAGGUGCGCAAGCUAUACGGCGGCGCAGGCAAGAUCUGGGAGCGUCACCGCCAUCGCUACGAGGUCAACCCGGCAUACAUUGAGAAGCUCAGCGCGAGCGGCCUGGCCUUCAUUGGGAAAGACGAGAAGGGCGAGCGGAUGCAGGUGUUCGAGCUGCACGACCACCCGUACUUUGUCGGUUUCCAAGCUCACCCCGAGUUCUGCACGCGCCCUUUGAACCCGUCCCCGCCUUUCGUCGGCUUUGUCGCUGCGGCCUCAGGCCAGCAGGUUCUCAAAGAGCAGCUGGAGUACCAGCUCAAGCACUACCACCCGCCCCACCCCGAGAAUGCAAUGGUCAGCGAGGACGAGCUGCGGCACGCAGAUACCCCGCCGCCGGGCGUGGAGGUUGCGCUGAGUGGCCCGUGACCUUUUUUUGCAGGUGCGCUGGUAGUUGUCGGGGGUAUGGGGAGAGGGUGGGAUGAGACAUAUCGCACUUUCAUAUAAUAUACACACUGUCACCGUCUAUCAUUGGAAAUAUAUGAGGGUGCGUUGGCCAAC